ACCAGUGGGUGUACCAGUAUGAUCUUACUGUAGUAUUAUUCCAGUUUGUGGAUGAGCCCACGGCUGAUGCGCACAUCACGUCUACCAAUCAACACGAGGCGCACUCUCAGCCACUGAGAGCAGUCAAUGAAUAUUUAUGCCGAGGCUGCUCACUCUCCAGCGCGCAAAGUUAGUGGAUUACCAGUGGGAGGAUGUGUCCGUGAUACAACAUCAGCACCUCGUUUGGAUUAAGAUCCAUCGUUUUCGCCGAUUGCCACUUCAAAUCAGCGGUGCGAAGGACGGCGGUGUCAAAAUUGCACUCCAAAAUCUCGUUUCGGGGGAAGACGCGCCGUGCGCAUCACUUCAAAGACUUUGCUCUUUCUUUCCCCUUUCCUUCUAAGAUGCCCAGACUUGGUCUAUCGUCAGCAUCAGCCCACAUCAAACCGGGCUGCUCGUUUGAAAGGACGCCCGACCGCAGCCUUUCUAAUCUGCAAGUUCAAUCCGAUAAAUUGUGACAAAGGCUGUCAGCGUCGCAAUAAGAAAUCGAUACUCGAGGCGUUCUUCUGGAAUUUAAACGAUCUCAAGUGAAGCUAUAGCGUUGGAGCGCUUUUGCUCCUCAGAUGUUUCAGAUGUUGAUGGUGACAGAUUAUUGUUGUUGAGUGUCCAUGCGAGACUUGGGGUGGAAACAUGUCUGGCCACUUCUCUGAGGGGAUCGCUGCUAUCAGAGAUGGCAUUUUGGUCCAGUACUUCGGUUUUUACUUCUAAAGUGCCCCGGAAGAUCUUAUUCAUGUUCACCCUCUCCCUAUCUGUCACCUAUUUGUUUUAUAGCUUGAUGAGCUGUUACAACUCCUUUCAGUUCCAGGAGAACUACGUCUAUCAGGGGAGGCUGGUGACCGAGGAGACAACUUUGGUCACGCUGAGGGAGAAACUUUACUCCCCCACUUCCCAGGUGUACCUGGACGAGGAGUUAAUCGAAAGGACGGCGACCGUCUCGAGCGUUAUAAAUAACGUGGGGGUCGAGGAGAGGACGGCGGGAUGGGUGCGAGCUCGGGCGGCCACCCCGAGCAGCGUUUCGGGCGCAGCGGCCGCCGCCGAGCGCGAACACCCGGAGUUCAGCACCACGGACAGCGACCUGCGGAGAGCCGUGAACUGCACCUCGGAUUACGGCGUGAAAAAACUACCACAAGCCAUUAUAAUCGGAGUGAAGAAAGGAGGUACAAGGGCUCUGCUCGAAGCUUUGCGGGUACAUCCCGACGUUCGGGCUGUUGGGAACGAGCCCCACUUUUUUGAUAGGAACUACGAGAAGGGUCUGGACUGGUACAGAGAGCUGAUGCCCUCCACACUAGAAGGACAAAUCACAAUGGAAAAGACGCCCAGCUACUUCGUGACAAACAGCGCUCCGAAGCGAAUCCACUCGAUGGCGAGGGACAUUAAGUUAAUCAUAGUCGUACGCAAUCCGGUGACCAGAGCUAUUUCAGACUAUACUCAGACACUAUCUAAGAGGCCAGAGAUUCCUACCUUCGAAGUCCUGGCUUUCAAGAAUCGAACGCUGGGAUUGAUUGACGCAUCCUGGAGCGCGUUGAGAAUAGGGAUCUACGCGCUUCACCUGGAGAGCUGGAUGCAGUAUUUUCCUCUCUCCCAGAUGCACUUUGUCAGCGGAGAGAGGCUUAUCGUUGAUCCAGCGGGCGAGAUGGCAAAGGUGCAGGAUUUCCUGGGACUCAAGCGCAUUGUUACCGACAAACAUUUCUAUUUUAAUAAAACCAAGGGAUUUCCUUGCCUAAAGAAGCCGGAGGACAGCAGCACCCCGCGGUGCCUCGGCAAAUCCAAGGGCAGAACUCACCCCAAAAUAGACCCCGAUGUCAUUCGCAGACUGCACAAAUUCUACAAGCCCUUUAAUAUGAUGUUUUACCAAAUGACAGGGCAAAACUUUCAAUGGGAACUGGAGGAGAACGGCACCUGGCCUGGUUCUCGGUACUAACAGACCGCUGCUCCCCGCACCACCAGCCUUCUCGCAGCAGAACUCAUUUCUUGGAAACAUGCUUCAACAUGUCAAUCAAUCAUGGCUGUCUUUGCAAAACCGUGUGUACUCAUAGCAAGAGUAAUAAUCUGCUCUGUCAACCCCCGAUACCAAUGGUGUUCAUGAUGGCAAACGUUAUUGUAUAUAUUAUCAUAAAUAUAUUUAUAUUUGUGAAGAGAA